UCCACUUCCACAGUCCCUCCUGGGCACUCUGGGUUCAACUGCUGCUCCUGGGGCAGAAACUCCUGCCCUGAACUCCCCUCUCCCCAGCCCCAGCUCCCUGCACCCUCUACCCCCAUUCUUCCUUGGUGACCAAAAAGGGCGAGGAGCAGAGAAAGAGGCAGAUGGCAGGAGAGGCACAGAGAGACUCUGGUGACAGGGUAGGGGAGAGGCCAGGAGAGCCAGACAGAGGUUUCGACAAGCUCUGAGAGGCCAGGAUUAGGGUCCAUGGAGAGAGACAGAGAAAGAGAAGAGAAAGAGAGAGAGAGAGAGAAAGGGAGGGAGGGAGGAGGCAGAGGGGUGGAGCGAUAGAAGCCGGCAGAGAGGAAGGGGUGGGCAGGGGGAGGGCAAGAAGCCGCCGUUGACAAUUACGUCUGGGUCCAAGCAAACAUGAGGCAGCUGCCAGCCGGCCUGGGCAGUCUUGUCUGCCUCGGCUGUGAAGUGGGGAGGCUGGCAACAGUUUCCUUCAGCGCCCAGGAUGCAGCCGGCUAAGGAGGUGACAAAGGCGUCGGACGGCAGCCUCCUGGGGGACCUCGGGCACACACCACUUAGCAAGAAGGAGGGUGUCAAGUGGCAGAGGCCGAGGCUCAGCCGCCAGGCUUUGAUGAGAUGCUGCCUGGUCAAGUGGAUCCUGUCCAGCACAGCCCCACAGGGCUCAGAUAGCAGCGACAGUGAGCUGGAGCUGUCCACGGUGCGCCACCAGCCGGAGGGGCUGGACCAGCUGCAGGCCCAGACCAAGUUCACCAAGAAGGAGCUGCAGUCUCUCUACAGGGGCUUUAAGAAUGAGUGUCCCACGGGCCUGGUGGACGAAGACACCUUCAAACUCAUUUACGCGCAGUUCUUCCCUCAGGGAGAUGCCACCACCUAUGCACACUUCCUCUUCAACGCCUUUGAUGCCGACGGGAACGGGGCCAUCCACUUUGAGGACUUUGUGGUUGGCCUCUCCAUCCUACUGCGGGGCACAGUCCACGAGAAGCUCAAGUGGGCCUUUAAUCUCUACGACAUUAACAAGGAUGGCUACAUCACCAAAGAGGAGAUGCUGGCCAUCAUGAAGUCCAUCUAUGACAUGAUGGGCCGCCACACCUACCCCAUCCUGCGGGAGGAUGCACCGGCGGAGCACGUGGAGAGGUUCUUCCAGAAAAUGGACCGGAACCAGGAUGGGGUGGUGACCAUUGAAGAGUUCCUGGAGACCUGUCAGAAGGACGAGAACAUCAUGAGCUCCAUGCAGCUGUUUGAGAAUGUCAUCUAGGAUACGUCCGAAGGAGUGCAUGGCCACGGCCGCCUCCACCCCCAAGAAACCUCCAUCCUGCCAGGAGUAGCCUCCAAGAAACUUUUAAAAAAUAGAUUUGCAAAAAGUGAACAGAUUGCUACACACACACACACACACACACACACACACACAGCCAUUCAUCUGGGCUGGCAGAAGGGACAGAGGUGAGGGAGGGGCUGAGGAGUCCAGGAGCCCCAGUCAGCCCCUCCCAGGCCAGCGAGGCAAAGCUGCCUCUGGGUGAGUGGCUGACAGAGCAGGUCUGCAGGCCACCAGCCGCUGGAUGUCACCAAGAAGGGGCUCGAGUGCCCCUGCAGGGGAAGGUCCAAUCUCCGGUGUGAGCCCACCUCGUCCCGUUCUCCAUUCUGCUUUCUUGCCACACAGUGGGUCGGCUCCGGGCUCCCCUGGUCUCCUCCCCACAGCCACUGUCUGCCCACUACCUACGCUUCUAGAAAGCCCCUCACCUCGGGACCCCAGAGGGACCAGCUGGGGGACAGGGGGGAGAGGGGGUGAUGGAGGCCGAGCCUGCAGCUUUCUGGAAAUGCUUCCCUGGGGGUCCGAGGACCCCCUGCCACUCCACUGACCUGAAAGAGUUGGGUACCAGGCCACCCACUGUGGGGCAAGCAUGGGUGGUGAGGGGCCACUGGGCCCCAUUCUCCCUCCAUGGCAGGAAGGCAGGGGAUUUCAAGCUUGGGGAUUGGGUUGUGGUGGAGAAUCUGAGGGCACUCCCAGCUCCACAGGGUGGGAUAAGCCUCUCCUUGCCCCAGUCCUGGUUCAGUGGGAAUGCGGUGGGUAGGGCUGUACACACCCUCCAGCACAGACUGUUCCCUCCAAGGUCCUCUUAGGUCCCGGGAGGAGGCACGUGGUUCAGGGACUGGAAGCCAGGGAGCCCGGGGCAGAGCUCAGAGGGGCCUGGGAAGGGGCGUGUCGCUCCUCUUCCUGCAGUGCUCCUCCCAUGGCCCAGCAACUUGGCUGAGCCCCCUCCUGAAGCAGUGUCGCCGUCCCUCUGCCUCGCACAAAAAGCACAAGCAUUCCUUAGCAGCUCAGGCGCAGCCCCGGUGGGAGCCCAGCACACUGCUUCUCAGAGGCCAGGCCCUCCUGCUGGCUGAGGCUUGGGCCCAGUAGCCCCAAUACGGUGGCCCUGGGGAAGAGGCCUUGGGGGUCUGCUCUGUGCCUGAGAUCAGUGGGGUCCCAGAGCCCAGCCCAGCUGACCAACAUUCAAAAGCACAAACCCUGGGGACUCUGCUUGGCUGUCCUCUCCAUCUGGGGAUGAAUGGUGAGGGCUGAGGGGGCUGUGGCUGGGUGGUCAGCAGAAACCCCCAGGAGGAGAGAGAUGCUGCUCCCGCCUGCUCAGGGCCUCACCCAGAAGGAACCCGGUGUCAGGCCGCAUGGCUCCUCCAGGAACAUUCCCACAUAAUACAUUCCAUCACAGCCAGCCCAGCUCCACUCAGGGCUGGCCCGGGGAGUCCCCAAGUGCCCCAGGAGGCUAGCCCCAGGGUGAGCAGGGCCCUCAGAGGAAAGGCGGUAUGGCGGAGGCCGUGGGGGCCCCUCGGCAUUCACGCACAGCCUGGCCUCCCGACGGAGCUGCAUGGACACCCGGCUCCAGGCUCCAGGCUGACUGGGGGCCUCUGCCUCCAGAAGGGCAUCAGCUUUCCCUGGCUCAGGGAUCUCCUCCCUCCCCUCACCCCCUGCCCAGCCCUCCCAGCUGGUGUCACUCUGCUUCUAAGGCCAAGGCCUCAGAAGAGCAUCACCACCACACCCCUGCCGGCCUUGGCCUGGGGGCCAGACUGGCUGAACAGCCCAGCCAGGAAGGGUCUGCCUCCCACGCUGGGACACAGACUGGCCGCAUGUCUGCAUGGCAGAAGCGUCUCCCUUGGCCACGGCCUGGGAGGGUGGUUCCUGUUCUCAGCAUCCACUAAUAUUCAGUCCUGUAUAUUUUAAUAAAAUAAACUUGACAAAGGA